ACAAUCCUUUACUAUUCUUAGCAAAAUCAAAAGUCAGACAUGCAGAGGUCAAACAAGAGGAUCAAGCAAGAGCAGAUCAACAGCAUCGCCGCCGCAUGCCUUUCCAUGUCUGCGCCACCCCUCUCGAACGACCAAGAAGCGUCGGUGUUGGUCGCAGCUUUGAAGAAUAUUAUUACCGGAGAAACUUCGGUCGCCGCCGCCAAUGAAGAUGUGGGCGACAUGGAAACGUGCAGAUUCUGCAGGAUAAAAGGGUGCUUGGGGUUGUUAAAAUCUAAUAUCUUGUCCCACAUCGACUUGGUGAUGAUCCUAGCUUGUGGGUGUAAUUUGUUCAACGAGGAGAAGAAGACUGCGGUGAAGAAGAGGAAGAAGAAGAAUUACAGAGGCGUGCGGCAGCGGCCGUGGGGGAAGUGGGCGGCCGAGAUACGGGACCCGAGGAAGGCGGCGCGCGUCUGGCUCGGGACGUUCGAGACGGCCGAGGACGCCGCCCGGGCCUACGACAGGGCCGCAAUCCAGUUCCGUGGGCCGCGGGCCAAGCUCAACUUCGCCUUCUCCAACUACACCGAUCAAAAUGAGUAGACAGGGGAACGCUGGAAUGUGGGAAAUUGGUUCCACCACCAAAAAACAGAGUAAUAUUUGGGAUGAACAAGAUAUGGAGGACUAACACCGGAGAUUCCUCCGAUUCUGCUAAUACUAUUGGCGGGAAUGUUCAAAGCUUGUAAUACUACAGAUUAGACUAGUAUUUUUCUUUUUUAGAUAACAGGGGGUGCAGGUGCAGCUGAUUGUAUGGUUUUUAAUUCAAUUUUUUGGCUUCGACUCCAAUAUUUAAUUCUAGUAUCUUCUUACAA